ACUUUUGUCCUGCGCGAGUGUCCGUAGAACAACACGGAAGUGGAAGCGGAAAAGCAUUCCACCAUCACGUUCACAUAAAUUAUGUCGCGUUUAUCUCGUAGUGGCGUUGUCACUCAACCGCAUAGCUUUCAUAUUAUAAGGCAAAAUGACAAUGUAGAAUUUAAACGAAUUACCUUUGCGCUCGGCGUUGUAGUUAUGUUGUUUUAAGGGAGCCUCGUUGUUAGCUAGCUGGCUAUUCCAGCUGGGUGGCUAACGAACGAGAAACCGUCCAAAAUCGGUUGAUUAUUUUUACUGAAUAAAAUGGUUAAAAACAUGUUCCGUACCGGUUUCCUGGUUCGGGCCUCACACACCGUGUUGACCUGGGUUAUAACGCUGAUUCUGUUCGUGCACAACACCGAUUUGCGCCAGUGCGAAGAGCGCGGCGAACUGACGGUUCCUGUGCUGUUCUUCCUGCUGGUGGUACUGUCGGUGCUGCUGUACUUUGCCGUUUCUCUCAUGGACCCGGGCUUCGUCCUCACGGACACUGUCAAGCCUUCAGAUCUGGAAACCGAGUCCAUGAUGCCUCAGUCUUCCACUUGCCGUUUGCGGCGUUGCGGCUUCUGCUUACUGCAGCAGCCAAUGAGAGCCAAGCACUGUCCGACAUGCUCUCGUUGCGUGCGUCGCUUCGACCACCACUGCCCGUGGAUCGAGAACUGUGUGGGGGAGCGCAACCACCGCUGGUUCGUCCUCUACCUGAUGGUGCAGCUGCUGACCCUGCUCUGGGCGCUACGGGUCGCUCUGUCUGGCAUUUCUCCCGGCGCCACUUGGGAGUCGUGGUUGCGCGCCAACGGCUUCCUGUUGGCGGCGCUGUGCGUGGUGGGCGUUUUCUCGGCGGUGGUGGCGGCGCUGCUGGGCUGCCACAUCUACCUGGUCGCCAUCAACUGCACCACUUGGGAGUUCAUGUCCCGCCACCGCAUCGCCUACCUCAGGGAGUGCGGCGAUGACGACAGCCCCUUCGACCGCGGCGUCCUCUGCAACCUGUGGGACUUCUUCUGCGUGUGCGGCGCCGUGGCCUGGGAGCAGGUCUACCACCGGAACUUGCAGAAUCCCGUCUGAGCGCCCUCCACUCCGCAUGCCAGACUUCAGGACUCAAAAGACGAUAUUUUUUUGUUUGUUUUUAAACUCGGUGUGGAUGUUUGACGACCUGAACCCAGCAGAUCAAUCGGAUAGGAAGUAGAUGGACCAAACAGGAAGUAGAGGACCCCAGCAGGAAGUAGAUCAGAUGGCGUAAGAGUUGUUUCAUCUUGUUACCUGGACCGUGCACAGAUUCUGGACCAACUGAAGCCACCCGUUCAAUCAGACGGGAAGUAGAUUGACCGAACCAGACAGGAAGUAGAGGAACCAGACAGGAAGUACGCAGGAAGCAGAUCAGGGCAAGCUGGAUGGACUUGGUUCACCCGUGGUUACUUUGAACAGAUUUUUAAACCCAACGCGGAUUUUUUUGACUAAGUGGAAAAGCCAGCGGUUGAAUUGGACAGGAAGUAGAUGGCCCAAACAGGAAGUAGAGGAACCAGACAGGAAGUAAGCAGGAAGCAGAUCAGGGCAAGCUGGAUGGACAUGGUUCACCCGUGGUUACUUUGAACCGAUUUUUAAACCCAACGUGGAUUUUUUUGACUAAGUGGAAAAGCCAGCGGUUGAAUUGGCCAGGAAGUAGAUGGCCCAAACAGGAAGUAGAGGAACCAGACAGGAAGUACGCAGAAAGCAGAUCAGGGCAAGCUGGAUGGACUUGGUUCACCCGUGUUACUUUGAACAGAUUUUUAAACCCAAUGCGGAUUUUUUUGACUAAGUGGAAAAGCCAGCGGUUGAAUUGGCCAGGAAGUAGAUGGCCCAAACAGGAAGUAGAGGAACCAGACAGGAAGUAUGCAGGAAGCAGAUCAGGGGAAGCUGGAUGGACUUGGU